AAACCUGCAAAAAUGCAAAUAUAACUAAAAUCUGCUAAAAUCCCUGCUUGUUGAGUUGUUGACUCCAGGUGACAGUUGUCAAUUUUGUAUAAAAGAAAUAUUUCUGGAAGUUUUACACGUAAUUUUAUAAUAUAGAGAAUUCGAUACGAAGUAGCAGACAAAAAUUUAAGGUUUCUAAUUAAAUAAAUAAAAGAAAAAUUAUAAAAUGGCUCAUUAUAAGGGAGCUGCUAGCGAAGCAGGAAGAGCUAUGCAAUUAAUGAAAAAACGUGAACAAGCACUUCAGGAAAUUGAACUACGUAAAAAGAAAAUUGAAGAGGACUUGAAGAUUAAUAAUAUUGAAAAUAAAUUUGCAACACAUUAUGAUGCUGUUGAACAACAACUUAAGAGUUCCACCAUUGGUUUGGUGACGCUGAAUGAAAUGAAAGCAAAACAAGAAAAUAUAGUGAAAGAACGAGAAAAAAAAUUAGCCCAAAAACAAGCCGAAAAAGAACGAGAAAAACAAAAAGCCUUAGAAGCUAAACAAGCUGAAAAAAAUCGACAAAAGAAACAAAUUCAAGCAUUAUCAUUUAGUUUGGAUGAAGAUGAAACUGAAGAAAAUGACGAUGAUGGAGAUGACAGUAAUAGUAAAGAAUCAUGGAUAGAAAAAAUACCAAAUGAGGCACCAUUGCCACCACCAAAAAAGAAAAUACGUAAAAAUCCGGAUGUGGAUACAAGUUUUUUACCAGAUCGUGAAAGAGAAGAAGAAGAAAAUCGAUUACGUGAAGAAUUACGUCAAGAAUGGGCUGAAAAACAAACGAAAUUAAAAGAAGAAGAAAUUGAAAUUACAUUCAGUUAUUGGGAUGGAUCUGGACACAGGCGAACUGUUCGAAUGAAGAAAGGUAACUCCAUGUAUCAAUUUUUACAAAAAUGUUUAGAAUUAUUACGAAAAGAAUUUAGCGAAUUGAAAACUGUAAUGGCUGAUCAAUUAAUGUAUGUUAAGGAAGAUUUAAUUCUACCGCAUCACUACACGUUUUAUGAUUUUAUUGUGACAAAGGCUCGUGGAAAAAGUGGUCCAUUAUUCCAGUUUGAUGUUCAUGAUGAUGUUCGAAUGGUUAGUGAUGCUACCGUUGAAAAAGAAGAAUCACAUGCCGGUAAAGUUUUGUUGCGAAGCUGGUAUGAACGUAAUAAACAUAUAUUCCCUGCGAGUAGAUGGGAACCGUAUGAUCCAACAAAAAGCUAUGACAAAUAUACAAUUUCUGAUAAAACUAAAAAAACUGUUCCUUAGUCACUUAAUUGUAAACUUUUUAAA